AUGGUAUCAAAUAUCGAUGGGAAUAAAGAAGACUUGAUUUGCCAAACAUUUCAUCGGAUGAUUAUAAAAUCAAAUUUUAAUAGAAGUCAAAUCUAUAGUAUCAAAAUAAACUAAAAUCUUAUGUUGUUUUAAUCCUACUGA